AUGAUUCCCUGCCGCUCCAACCAACAACAGCAUCAAAACAUCUCCAAUACGAGGGGAAGCGAUUAUAACUUUACAGAAUUUUGCGACGGACGAAAUUCAUCUGCACCGGUGCGUUCUGUCGUUGCUGGCGACACUGGAAAGGAGCAAUGUUCACAGCAGCAGAAUGGUGAUGCGGUUGUCAUGACUGAUAUCAUGGAAAGAACAGGUGCAUCCACAUCUGCCGAACGUGAAACGAAUUGCAGUGAACGUUCUUUGCUAAAGGACAAUAAAAUUCCGGUGUUGAGCAUGAGCGAAUUUACAACAGUGUGUCCACAAUUCGUCGUUACACCGACCAUCGCCGCCCCAAAUACCCCCAAUUUUUCUUAUUUUAAUGCUGCCACUCCUUGUUUGGAGAGAUCGCCAUUAUUAUCCUCUUCUUUUUAUGCUUCACCGUCAGGAUGCGAAGAUGAAAAAAGUCUGGGAUAUUCUGCAGCUGUCUUUGAAUCCGAUGGAGAAAAGGAUGAUGACUGUGUUUCCUUGAAAAGCGCUGACAAAACUAAACUCAAGGCACCUUAUCUCAUUAACACAUCCCCUGGUUCCAUUGCUGCAAUUGAAUUGGCGUUGUUGACGAACUCAAAGGAGGAUGAGCAUACGCAGUCGGAUGGGGCAUGCUCGAUUGGCAAGGAUUUGGAGUCUGCACUGGAGGAACAAGGGGGUUACGGCACCUGGCACUUGGUGACGUCGCGUCUGAAAGCAGUGCAUCUUCGUCACAUGGCGCACAAGUAUGCAUUGGAAGUUGUUCGUCAACGCUAUGGAGACAGGAUUAUAGAUGAUUCAUCUAAGUAG